UGCGCUGGUCUGUUUUUUCACCGUUUAUGAUUUCCGUUUUUGAAGUUCGGUCGGCUCAGGUUCGGUUCGGUUCGGUUUCCUGAAGAAGCGGUCGGUGUUGCAGUGUUAAUCCUCCCUGUGUGCCGGUCGGGUUUUCUCGUUGUUUAGUUUUUUUGACACCCUCGAAAUGUCGGCCUCGGGUAUCCGCAGCUCAACCCUCCUGCUUUACCAGGAGAUGUAUCGCUUCGAAAAACGGCUUCAGACUUUCACGGACUGGCCGUUUACAGAGGGCUGCCAGUGUACCCCAGAGAAGAUGGCGCUGGCCGGGUUCGUGCACUGCCCGAGCGAGAACGAGCCCGACGUGGCGCGCUGCUUCUACUGUCUGAAGGAGCUGGAGGGGUGGGAGCCGGACGAUGACCCCUGGCACGAACACUCCAAGCGCUCCCUGAACUGUGGAUUCCUGAGACUGAAGCAGGAUUUCGAGGAACUGUCGCUGGUGGACUUCUUCAUACUGGAGCAGGAGAGGCUGUGCAUCUAUAUUCGUAAAGCUGGGGAUCAGCAGAUCCUCCGGUUCCAGGAGCAGAUAGACUCGACUCGGACCAUCCUUGUUAACCAUUUCAGCACUGUGGACCCCCACAGACCUGGGCUGAGGGGCUGGGGGAGCCAGAGCUGAGCCCCAACUCUGUCCCUCCUCAAGGACUCCUGCAGCGUCCGCCCUGCGAUGCAUUGCCAGCUUCCUCGGGUAUCUGCAGGGUGAAGCGUGCCUGGACAGCAUGGGGAAACACGGACUGAGCAACUGGACUUGAUGAUGAUUAUAUGUAUUUAAUAUAAAUGUAACCCUAUGUAAUGUCAAGGACUUUGUCUGCAAUGUCUUACACAUUUUUAAAGAUUUAAUAUUUUAUUAAAGAGAUUUUUUUUUUA